UCUAUGGUUGCGAGUUAACCCAGAAACCUUUGAGAAUCUCAAAUUGAGAGUAAAUUUGUGUUGGCAACACUGCUCACUAUAUAUUGACAUAAGAGAAUAUCAGAUUUUGUGCAUGAGUUAUUUUUACUAGAAAUAAUAGUCAAAAAGGUAUAGGUACAAUUCUAUAAAAAAUGCCUAGAUUAACAGGCUGGAGGUACGCAGGAUUAAUAGGUGGUUUAAUAGGUGCCAUUGGUUUAGCAAUAUAUCCUAUCAUUAUAGAUCCUAUGUUAAAUGUAGAGAAAUACAAAAGAAUACAAGAGCAAACAAGGGCUCACAUUAAACAAGAGGAUAUACAACCUGGAAAUAUGAAAGUUUGGACAGAUCCAUUUGAUAGAAAAAAAUCACAGAAUAGUUAGUAGUGUAAUUAUGGAAAUAAAUGGACUUAGAUUAUAAAACUAUAUAUAUUGUAUAUUAAAAUUACAUAGAGAAUAAAGUCAUAUUUAGUUACAAUAUUUACAAUGGCCUUAAUAAAAAUAUUACAUUUCAUCGUCAUCUCCAACAUAAAGAAACUCAUCAUAAGCUUCACGAUUGCAGUUUCCAUCAUCAUUAAAUACAUAUUUGUGGAAGGUUCCAUCUAAGCAAAUUGCUAGAAUUCAAAGAUAUUACAAUAAAUAAAUAAUAUUUGUUAAAUAAUACCUAUGACUGAAUUAUUUCCCCCAAAUGCACAAAUACAAGCAGAUUCUGGAGGCACAGUAAAAUUAGCUAAUGCCCAUUGAGAAUCUCCAUAUUUACCCAAAAUUCCUGUUGUUGAAAGUCUAAAAAUAUCAAAAUUAAUUCAAAAAAAAAACAAAAUAAAACGAUUACUUACGUUAAUCUUUUAUUUAAAUUUGUCUUUUUAAUCGCGAAAAUAUGUACUGUUCCUUUAUCACUUGAGCAACAUAAGUAGUCAGAAUCUCUGCUAAAAUUAAUGCUAAAACAUGUUAUUAGUUUUUUUUCGUCUUAAAUUUAAAAAAAAAUAUUUUUUACAAUUAGGUAAUAUAAUAUUUAUUAAUGUUUACCAAUAUACAGUGGCUGGAUCUGAUCCCCUUCUUAAUUCUACUAGCAAUUGUUUAGUUGUGGAAUCCCAUACUCUUAUUAAUGUGCCCUGGUUGGAGGCAGUGGCAAUUCUUGUUCCUUGCUGAUUAACAGCUAUACAACCUAAAUCACUUUUAUGUGCCAAAAUCCAUACUGGGGCUGAAGAAACCCCCAUUUCAGUACAAGCCAAAUCC